UCUCAGUAAAUACAUUAAUCGCCAAGAUCAAAAAGAAAAGAUCUCAGCCUGCCGCUUUUUUUUUUCUCUCCCUCCUCGUCAUCACGAAACGUCUAUUUGUUCCGUUGGUCGCGAGAGGCGUCCGGUCGUCCCGCCUUCUACGGUUCGGCCGUCCAAUGACUAGGCGGUGCCGUCCGUCCGCCCCGUUCUGAUUGGGCGAUCCUGCUGUCUAUCACACAGUACGCGCCGGCACGACGUUUUCAGGUUUGAUUGAGCAGUGCGGCAUCAUCGUUUUUUUUUCAUUUCUCCUUCUCCCAAUCCCCCCUCCCUUUCUUUCGCCUUCAAGUAAAUGUGCCGUGCGUCUCGCAUAUAAUAUCCAUUCUAUCAAAACCCGCGUUUUAACUUUUUUCCCUACUUCUCUGUGCGAGAGCGGGGAAAGGAAACUGAAAUUGGGAUUGAUCGAUUGCUCCUUUCCUCUCCCCUUCCCCCCCUCCCCCCCAUGAGGCGGUUGGGUACAACCUAACUCGCUACUGUCUCCUUAACCCGCGCAGCUCCCCUUUCUGAUUGGCCCGCGCCGCGGGGAGCUGGUCGGUGAUUGGAAAACAGUUCUGUCGAUCACACACUGGUCGGUGUUUGGUCGCACGGUGCGGUGCGGCCUGGGUUUUGCUCCGGUUUGUUGUCAUGUUCGCUGGUGGAUUUCCACUAAAGGCUCUGACAUUCUGAUGGUGCAGCAGCGACCGGGGCCGUUCACCUUAGGAAGAUGAUCAUAGAGAAUCUGGACGCUUUCAGAUCUUGGUUAUCAAGGGCCCUGGAUCCUAUCUGUGAUGCUGACCCAUCAGCUUUAGCUAAAUAUGUAGUGGCUUUAGUUAAGAAAGACAAGCCAGAAAAAGAACUGAAGGCCUUGUGUGUUGAUCAACUGGACGUAUUUCUGCAAAAAGAAACUGUUGGAUUUGUGGACAAACUUUUUGAUGCUUUAAGCACAAAGAACUACGUGCCACGACCAGAACAGCUUGUCCAGGCGACAAUAAAGCAGGACAUGCAACCUACAUGGCAAGAGAGAGAGGACAAGAAGGAAGUGCCUUUAUAUGAUGAAGAACAAGAUGGCAGAAAAUCUUUGUUAAAGAAAGGCCACAGUCCUUUCAAACCAGUCCUGGGGCCUAUAGAGACAAGAACUCGUGAUGAGAAAAAACGUGAAGAACGACGGCGUAGGGACUUUGAAAGAUAUCCUCACCCUCACCCCAGAGAUCUUUAUCGAGAGCGGUAUGAUCGCCGUAGGGGCAGGAGCUAUAGCCAUAGUCCAACAAAGAGUGCAAGUCGAAGUCGCAGUCGCAGUCGAGACAGGACUCGAGAUCUUGGGCGCAGCAACAGCACAAGUAGAGAGCAACAUAAAGACAGAUCCAAGUUUGAGUUGGAAAGAAAUGAGGGCUCGGAGAACAUAUAUGUUCCAAGUUGCACAACAUCGAACAGUUCAACUGAACAAUAUUUUUCUGGAGCACACGCUGCUCCUAGUGCAGUAACUGUGGUAGCUCCUGCCCACCAUCCUGACAACACUACAGAGAGCUGGUCUAAUUUCUAUAACAAUCACACGGGCACAAAUUCCUUUGGUAGAAAUGCAGCCCCAAAGCGACGAUGCAGAGACUAUGAUGAGAAAGGUUUCUGCAUGCGUGGUGACCUCUGCCUUUUUGACCAUGGGAACGAUCCACUAAUAGUGGAAGAUGUGACUCUUCCUGGAAUGAUUCCUUUUCCGCCGCCACCUCCAGGCUUACCUCCCCCAGCUCAUCAGUUGCCUCCACCAGGGCAUCACUUACCUCCACCCUUACCAGGUCUCCCUCCUAAUUUGAGGUUACCCCCAUUACCGCCACCUGGACAGCCACCACCUCCUGGCAUCCAUCCUGUAUCUGGACCACAUCCAAUCCCAAAAAGUGGUGUAGACAGCAUUGAAGUUUCUGGGACCAGUACAGUACCUACCUUGCCACCUCCAGGAUUGAGGCCACCACCUUUACCUCAGUAUCCACCAUAUGUGACUUCAGAAUAUAACUAUGAGCCUGACGGCUAUAACCCUGAAGCUCCCAGUAUUACUGGUGGUGCCAGGCCUCCAUAUCGACACUACAUCCCACGAAUUCAGACUGAGCGCCCAAAUCUGAUUGGCUUAACGUCCAGCACCAUGGAUGGCCCGUCACGAGUGCCUGUGAAGAUAAACCAAGCCGAGAUCUCUCUAGCUACUACAACAAGCAACAAUGUUUCACGUGUAGUUAUUGAACCAGAAUCUAGGAAAAGGACUGUUGUAACUGUGGAUGGACCACCUUUGAAAAAACCAUGGAUGGAAAACAGGCAAAACUUCAAUCAUCAAAACAAGCAAGGAUUUCAGAAGAAGACUCAACACACCUAUGAUAAUACAAAGCUAGAAGUCCGCAAAAUCCCAAGGGAAAUGAAUACCAUUACCCAGCUCAAUGAACAUUUCAGUAAAUUUGGUACUAUUGUCAAUAUUCAGGUUGCAUUUAGUGGUGAUCCUGAAGCAGCUCUUAUUCAGUACUCUCAGAAUGAGGAAGCAAAACGGGCUAUUUCCAGUACCGCAGCAGUACUGAACAACAGGUUUAUUAGAGUAUACUGGCACCGCGAGAACAAUGGAGUUCAGCAGCAAUCACAUCAGCAAGUACAGGCACAACAGUUAGCAGUGUCACAACAUAGCACUGUUCAUAAGAUAUUAAACCGAAACCAAAGCCCAGGAUCUUUUGUACUAACAAAUGCAACAGUAAAGCAACGACUUGGCUCCCUGGUUGGAAAUCCGUCUGAUGGAACACAAACCUGUUCUAGCCAGCUUGGGGCUGGCGGAGAAGCUUCUCAGGGACCUCCUACCUCCACAAGCCUGGUAAAGCCAGGGUAUAGUUCUGCAGUCACAAAGACAAAUCAUAAAUCUCCUGUUACAUCCAGUAAAGCACUUGAAGCAAAAGAAGCGCUCAAGAAAAAACAGGAAGCUUUAAAGUUACAGCAAGAUAUGCGGAAAAAGAAACAAGAGAUGUUAGAAAAACAAAUUGAGUGCCAGAAGGUAUUAAUUUGCAAACUGGAAAAAAAUAAAAGUAUGAAAGCAGAUGAAAGAGCUAAAAUAAUGAAAACCAUUAAAGACUUGACGGAAAGAAUAUCUCAAUUACGUGAUGAACUGAAAGCAACAUCAGCAUCAACGUCAUCGGCUCCAUCACAACUGAAAUCCAAAUCUGAUGCACAGAAGGAAUUACUGGAUGCAGAGCUGGAUUUCCACAAGAAGCUUAAUUCAGGGGAGGACACAACAGACUUGCGAAAAAAGCUGAAUCAGCUCCAAGUCGAGGCUGCAAGACUGGGCAUUCUCCCUGGAGGACGUGGUAAGACUAUGCAAACACGAGGCCGAGGUCGAGGCAGGAGUGUGAGGGGAAGAGGUGCACAGAUGCACAUGGUGGUUGAUCACAGGCCCAAAACUUUAACGGUAUUCGGCUUCACACAGGAGGAAAAAGAUGAAUUAAUGCCACAUUUCUCAAAGUUUGGAGAAGUGGAAGAUUUUCAAGAAGAUACUCCUUUAAAUGUUAGAGUUGCAUUCAAAUCAAGAAUUGAAGCAGAAAAUGCUGCCAAUCAGGGUGCAAAGUUCAAAGGCAGAAAUCUUCAGAUCUCCUGGUACAAGCCAAAAGCACCUUCAGUAUCAACAGAACCGGAGGAGGAGGAUACAAAAGAAGAGGCAUCAGAACCUGUGGAUCCUUUCUUUCGUGAAGAUGACGAUGAUGAAGAUGAUGAUGAUGAAUCUCGCUCCUGGAGACGAUGAUGGGAUUUAGAACACUCACUCUAUCGUCAUGAACUUUUGUGCAUUUUUUUGUGUUUAAAUAUAUUUACUAAUUUUACAGAAACAUUUUUAUUGUAUUUAAAGAAAAAAAUGGGUUUGCAACAUUUUUGUGAAAAUGACAAAAAGCUUAGUAUUUUGCUUUCAAUGCUUUUAGGAUACCUACCCCAAAGGAGGAAAAUCACAGAAUGUGUCAGGAAAUAAAAUGGGAGAUAAGGAAUAACUAGAUGUACAUUCUGCUUGUAGCAGAGGUUCUUGUAUGAAUGUAUAUUAAAAUUGUGUAUAUACUUAGCCUUUUUUGAUGAAAAGAAAGAGCAUUUAAGCUUGUAAGUAAAUUUUUGAUAGUCUUUUUUUCCUCCUUUCAAAAAAAGAUUAAGUCACCAGAAUACAUCUUGCAAGGAAAGUGAGCUUGUAGCAGGUAUUGAGUUCUACAUUUUAAAAGAAGAACUGGUUGGAAAGGCAAUAGAGUGGUUGCUAUAUUAUUUGGGGAAUUCAAAGAACUUUCAUGUUUCUCCUCAGCAGUUUUGAUGGGCCAGACAGUGACUUUUUGGUAAACAUAUGAAAAAGAAAUGCUGUAGAACCAAGAGGACCACUGUUAAUCGAUAGGAAAUUUAAUUUGAUUGAAUAUAGUAAUCCUUGAUGAGACAUAUAAAUGGUAAUUGUUUACAAAAGUGAAAUGCAUUUAAAGCUGCAGUGUCCAACUAAUCAAAAUUUCAAUACUAGACUAAAUUUAUUAAUUUACUAUUUAUUGAAACCAUUUUUUUGUUUAAAAUUGCGAUUUAUAUGCAUAUUCAUUGCUUGAGUUUUCUAUGGUUCCUGUUGACUGUUAUUGAUCCAUUUUUUACAUUUAGUCCUCACUGCUGUCAUCUUAUGACAGUUAAAGUAUUAAAAUGCUAAUGAAUACAUCACGUUUGAUAUCCCACUGAUGUGCUGGUAGGGGAGUGACAUUGUACUUCGGUGGAUUCAUUUAUUCAGCCUCAGCUGUUCCCUCAAGUCAAGAUGUUAGUUUUGUUAAAAGAGCAAGAUUGCUCUUUAUAUUUCAGUCAAUUAGUAGAUCAGAAAAAAAGUAUUACUUAUAUCUGACAAUAUAGAUGCUAUGAAUAGAAAUGCUUCAUAUACAGAAGCAAUUUUCAUUGUCAAAGAAUCUCUUAAUAACCUAUCCCCAAUUGCUAUCCUAUGAUUCAGUCUGGCAAGUGUAGAUAUUUGGACAUCAAUUAAAGACAGGUUGAAGACUUCACGUAUCAAGUUCCAUGGCAAGUUUAAAAAAUAGUAGUUAUUUCUUUCUUAUCAUAUCUGAGUAAGCGGUAAAUUUGAAUUGUUAUGAUUAUUUUUACAAGUAAAAUGGCUCACUGUGCUCUUGUAAGUCUUUAUAUGGAGUACUUCAUCCACAAUAACAAUCUCCAUGCAGUUGCAUCCAGUAACUUCCAGUCAACAUGUAUAGUAAUAAAUUUCUUUCUUUUCUUGCUUUUAUAACCCGUUUGUUGCAAAAUUGGACUUGCAAAUAUUUGAAUCCAGAGUAAAAUAUUGAAUUCUCAUAGAUCGUCAUGGAGUUAUACUUUCAUGUAUUUUUACUUACAGUAAAACAUUGACUAUUUCUUAUUUCACAAAGUCCGAUAGAAUCACAGAAUCAGACAAGUCAUCACGUUUAUACAGAAUAUCUUAGAGACCCUAUUAAUAUGCCUAUUGAAGGCAACAAACUGGAGAUUAGAAAUAAAUCAUUAAACAGAAAUACAAAGUAUCAAUGUAAAACCCUUCAGGAUUUUAAUAUCCUUAAAUAAAUAUGCACUUAAUGGGUGCAUAUUUAACUACAUUCUAGUCUUCAUUUUCAAUUUUAAGGAAAUGCAGCUUUAAAUGAAAUAUCAACAGAGCUUACUGCAAAUGUAAAAGACAAAGGAACUGGUGAAAUACAGAUGUGUAAAACAUUGUAUUAAGUGUGGGCUAUUUGCAGUUACCGAAACCAAAUCUUAACUAUACCAUUUGUACCAUUGUCAUAAUGUUUCUGGAUUGUGGGAGAUUCCAGCAUACAGGGUAGUAUCUUUUGGCAUAUUGAAAACCCCUGAAUUUUUAACAUUUGUGUUGCACAGUUUCUUUAAAAGAGAACGCUACUGUUGACUGGAAUAUUUUAAACAUAGUUUUGAUGACUAUUUCAUAAGAAUACAUUUAAAUGUGAAGAACUUGAAACAGUGCCAUCUUGUGACUAAAAAUAUAACCUACCAUCACUGUUCUACCACAACCUAUAUCUGAGUAACUUCAUAAAUUCCUGCAGAAAGCAACCACUUUAUGUAGAUACUAGUUAACAACAAUAAUGGUCUGAUAGUAGAAUUCUCAGUAACAUUUAUUUAAGAACAUUGCAGCACCAUGAAAAACUGUCCUUGGAACACAUGCAGUUGCUCCUGUAUGUUUGCAAAUGUAAUUGAUAUACUGUAAAUCAUAUGGCAUGGCUGACAUGAAAAGUAACCAGAUAUUGAUUAACAUUUUUCCCUCCCACUUUUCAUCAGAGUGAAUGGUCCUAGAGAGUAUUUUCAAGACAGGAAUUUUAUUUUUGGUAUCAGAAAAUUGUUUGUUUAAAUAAAUGAUGGGAGAAAAUGCAUGAUUUUACGUUUCAUGGUAAAUUGUAUCAUCUGAGCCCCUUGGGGUGGUGUUUUAUAAUUACAGUAUCUGCCUUACAGGAAGUCAUUUCUGGUACAAUAUUUAUUUUACCAUAAGUUAUGCAACUCAAACUACCAUCAAUCACUUCCUAAACAUUUAAAGUAGAAUCCAAGAGUCAAAGUUUAGCUAUCUUAACCUAGCUGAGAUUGAUUUUGACUAUAAUAACCCUUUAACAUUAACCUGUAAUGCACAGAGUUGGAUUUGUCAUUUCAACUUCUCGUCAACUAUUCUGUAGGAUUUCUAUAACGUUUUUCUUUGGCCUGUCUACUCCUUUCAAUCUUAAGAAACUAUUGUUUCUUUUGCUUUAUACUCCUGCAUUAUUCAUUUAGAAUGUGGUUGGAAAACUCAUGAAUAGAACACUGCAAUUGUCUCUUCCAAUUUUUAUACACAUUUGCCAACGUGAAGAGGGAGGAGGGAUAGAGUGAAGCUAUAGUCUGAGGUCAUUGCCAUUUGAUCUUCAAGGGAAAUAUCUAUGUGGAUUAAAUUUUAAAAAGUGCAUAGUGUGAAAGGAAACUCAUUGCAGUUUUUUUGAAGCUGUUAAAAAUUGCGAUUGUAGAUUUUUUUUGUGGGGAAGAACAGUCAGAUAUCAUAUCUUUUUUCUUUUGUAAGUAAAUACUUGUAUAAUAGAAUUUGUUCAGAAUUGUGGACAUGUAGAACAUCAAUGUAUUUUUAGGUUGUUUAUGCUAAAAUGUGAAUUUGGUGCAGGUUUCUUGCACUUUUCAGUAAAAUGUUACUUCUUUGGGUGAUAUUGUUGCUGAAUUUGUAACAGUUUAUACGUUCAAAUUUAUGUCUUUAUUUCUGUUUUACUGAUUGUAUCUGAAUUUCUAAUAGAGGCAUGUUCACAUUUGAAAUAAAGUCUCGCAGUGGAAUGGUUUGAAAUAUGACAUUAAAAGAUGCAAAUUAUACUACAUGGAUAUGGAGGGGAAAAAAAUGAAAAAUAUUGAAAAGAAUGAUUAAAAUGAAAGAAGUUUAAAAGAAUGAAAUAAAAAUGGAAA